AUGCCACAAGUCGUCGUGGCAUCCACGUUGAGCAUGUCGCACAAAGGGUCCACAGAGCUGGAGCUGGAAUCCCACUCAAGCCACACGCAGAAUAUCCCAUCUUCCGCUUUACUUUGCUUUGACACUUAUCCCCUCAGCCCCUCUCACCUCUGCACUCCGGAAAUAACUUAUCUGCGAAACAAUAUGCCACUCAGUGACGCUACCACUAUCUUGAAUCCGGAAAAUUCACCUUGGACGCCAGAGAAGCCUUACGUUCCGCCUUACCUCAAUAUGCCUCCUGAUGCUAGGAAUAUACGCUUGGCGACCGCGUACCUUGCCGCACUCAAAAAGGAAUAUAUCAGACGUUUUCUCGAGAGAGAGCCUUAUUGUAUUCCACAGGAAGAGCGAGACGAGUAUCACAACCUCUUCACGAAGUUGUGCGCUUCUGUGGAGGUUGUCGCGCCGUACAUUGUUCUGUAUGUGUGCGCGUUCGACGAUUUUAGUGUGAAGAGGCUCAUCGCCAUUACGCUCGUAGUUUCUUUUCAGAAAAGAGCGUACGAAAAGGGACAGCCUUACGAGUACCUGAGCAAAGAGUCCCUAAAGUCAGUCCUGGAUACAGUAGAGGUCGCGAUUACGUUGUUGCCGUACCCGCAAUUCCGCAACAAGCUCCCGAGCUAUGAUCCAUUCAUGGUGGAUGUGGACCUGUACAUCAAAUAA